AUCAAAUAAUUUUAUUUUUCUUAAAUUAUUUAAAAAUAAUUUAAGAAACUAAAUUGAGAAUUUUUUGAUGAACACUACACCCAAACGAGUCUUUUCUUAUAGUGGAGGUGACAAAACUUAAACCCGAGUACGAUGCCCCGAUCCGGAGGCUCCCGAAAACGCGGCCGCGGUGGCGGCGGAGGCCGAGCGGGAGGCGCUGGCAAGCGCCAAAAUAAAUCCAACUUCCAACAGCCGGCUAUUCGCAGGUCUUCCGCCGCGCCUGGUGGGCGCCUGUCGUUCGGCAAUGGGGUAGCUGGUCCCCGCAACCGUAGUGCCGCUGCUGCUUCCACGCCUCCGGCUCCUUCCGAUGCAACAGAGGAUAUUUUUAGCCUCGUUUCCGGGGACCGUUUUCACUUUGCGACAAUUAUUCGGUUGACGCCGGACCUUGUGGAGGAGAUCAAGCGAGCGGAGGCUCAUGGCGCUACAACACAUAUAAAAUUUGGCUCGAAUGCCAGUAACUCUGCUGGGAAUGUUAUUAAUGUUGGUGGUAAAGACUUCAGAUUCACAUGGUCACGGGAUACGGGAGACCUCUGUGAUAUAUAUGAAGAACGCCAAAGUGAUGAAGAUGGAAAUGGAUUGCUUGUAGAAUCAGGUAGUGCUUGGAGAAAGGUAAAUGUACAACGUGUUUUGGAUGAAUCAACUAAAAACCAUGUUAAAAUGCUAUCUGAGGAAGCUGAGCGCAAGUCCAAAUCACGCAAAACCAUUGUUCUAGACUCUCGCAAUCCAUCUACAAAUAGUCAAGUGAAGGCAAUGGAUGCAGUAGAAGGAAAUCCAUGUAAAAGGGCUUUCAAACAACCGCCUCAGAGAAAGAGAAAAUUUGAACCGCCUCCAGCAAGAAGCACUCCUAAAGCUUCUCAGAAAUCUGGUUUGUCAACAAUUACUUCAUUUGGUUGCAAGAAAAGCACAAGUUCCAACCUUUGUGAUUUACAGAGCACAUUGACAACUGUCCUUAUGGACAACGGAUCACAUGGAAUGACCAUCAAGACAUUGGAGAAAGCUGUUCGAGAGGCCUUUCCAAACUCAGGAAGGCAAUUUGAGACCAUGCUUAAAAAGGUUGCAAUCUUUCGGGCUCCAGGCAGAUAUUUUCUUAAACCGGGAGUUGAGAUGGAAACUCUCAAGAAAUCAACAAUCAACAAUGGAAGUUCUCCCGAAGAGAAUAAUAGCCACAAACCACCUAGCCAUAAUAAGCAUGAAGAUACUGCUCCAAAAUCUAGCUUGCCGUUAAGAGCUGAUACUGAAGCAUUGGAAGGGCCAUUACAGUUAAAUUAUAAUCUUGAAGAUGCAUUAACUUCCUUAGAAAAAGUAGAUAUAAUCCAAACUUCACCUGACUAUGGUGAGAAAAACGCCCCUGAUCACUCUAAAGGACCAGCAGGUAUCUCUAGUGAUAGUGAAAGUAACAAUAGUGAUAGUGUAGGUAAAAGCGGAAGCAGAAGCCUUGGGGGCACCAGUGAAAGUGACGCCUCUUCUAACAAUGAGUCAUCAAAUGAUGCGGUGGGUAUUUUGGGAAGUGAUGAUGACCGGGGGGCAAAAUACGAGCAGAAACUUUCUAAAAAUAGCGGAAGCAGAAGCCUUGGGGGCACCAGUGAAAGUGACGCCUCUUCUAACAAUGAGUCAUCAAAUGAUGCGGUGGGUAUUUUGGGAAGUGAUGAUGACCGGGGGGCAAAAUACGAGCAGAAACUUUCUAAAAAUAGGUUAUCAAAAUUUCCUAUUCAAUCAACAUAUCAAGAUUCUGAACCCACCCAAAUCAGGAUUGGCGAAAAUAAAUGUACUCGUGUUGCAGACAUCUUGGAGAUUGAGAAAGACUUGCCAGAUGUGGAAAUUACCAAUGUUAAUUUUGGAUCAGUUCUGAUAGAAGAAAACCGAAUACAAACGAGAAAGCUUGUCAUUGAAAGUGAUCUUGAAGAAAAGCAAGAUGAUAAACCCGGUGCCACUAAGAGGCAAAAAAGUGAGAAAAUGCAUCAACAACAGAAUUCAGUAAGUAUGAAGCCACUUUUUGCCAAGGGUGCUGUUCAGGAUAAGCACCAGACACAUGUUGAUUCCCAACCUAUUUCUCAGCAGCACUGCUCUGCAGUUGUUCAGACUGUAGUUAAAUGCCAUAAGCAUCAUAAGCCCUCUGAAGUUGAUAGUGAAAAGCAACAUAAUAUAACUGAGGGGUGUGUGGAGUUCAUCUAUGGAGAUAAUCAUCGCAUGGUUUCUACUGGAGCAGCACAAUAUGACAUAAGUAAUGAUGCUUGCAAGGGGAAGAGAACAUCUUCUGCUGAUGAGAUCAGUCCAUACUUCAUGUAUGAAAAGAAAGAGCCAGAGUUGAGGCUACCAAUAAAGGGUUUUGGCCAGUAUAAAGAAUAUGUUGAGGAGUACCACGAGAAGUAUGAAAAAUAUUGCUUGCUGAAUAAAAACUUGGAGUCCUAUAGGUCGGAGUUCCAUGACAUUGGAAAGGACUUGCACGUUUAUAAAGGGAAGGAUAUGGAGAGAUUCUAUGAAACUUUGGAGCGUUUGAAGGAUUCUUAUUACCAACAUGGACAUAGACAUAAACGGCUAAAGAAAAUUUUCAUUGUGCUUCAUGAAGAACUGAAGCAUUUGAAACAAAUGAUCAAUGACUUUGUUGCCUCAAAUGGUACAAGAACAAUAACCAGUUUUGAUCCAUGAUUCUCCUCUUGCAUAUUGCUGUUGGUUUUACUGGAAAUGUAGGCUAUGUUUGGGAAUACCGUUAGAGAUUAGCGUUAGCGUUUUGGAUAAUAUUUUAACAGUGCAGAUUACUUUGAAAACACUAACGCUAAACGCUGCCCGUAGAUAGCUUUUUCAAAACGCUAACGCUAAUUGCUAACGCUAUUCCUAAACAGGCCCGUAAUUAGACUUCCAAGCAGGAUUUACUGAAGUGUGACCCGAAAGCUAGGGGGUGUUUGCCAAUGACCUUAUUGUAAGCCAAAACAAGAGCCUUAUUUCAAAACUCGGAGAGCAAAUAAAUAACAUUUAUUAAA